UUAGUAGUUUAAAAGAAAAAUAUGGAAAGACUUCACAUAGCGGUCGUGUGCUUGUUAUUAUUUGGAAUAUACGAAGCAGUGUCUGAAACAUAUGUAUGUGGGCCACAGAAUAAAUGUGAUUGUUUUACGGAUAUACAAGGUCUGGUUAUGAAUUGUGAAGGAAGAGAAAUUUCAAAAAUUACAGAACUAUGUUCUGUCAUAGGCAAUACUUCUACAAAAAUAAAUGUCACCCUGAAAGCCGGUAGGAAUAAUUUUGGGAAUUUUAACGCCACAGAACUAAAAGGAUGUGAACGUUUGUAUGAACUUGAUCUGAACUUCAAUCAAAUUAGCGAAAUUAAAAAACACAGUUUUCAGAACUUCACCAAUUUAGAGAUAUUAGAUUUAUCUAGAAAUGAUCUGAACGCCUCCCAAACUGAGUGGCCUGCUGCAUUUUUGCCAAAAUCUCUUAGAACAUUGAUUUUUAAUGGACUUCCAGUCGGAGAAACGGUUAUACCUAGGUAUCCGAAUCUUUCUGACCUAAGUAAACUACAAACGUUAAAACUAGAUGGUCUGAGCGACGACUUUGACAUUGGUAAACACACAAAUAGGUUGAAAGAAUUGAGUGUGUCAGGAUUGUCUUUCUACAGUCACUGUAACAUAUCCCAUAUAUCAAACUCGACAUUUAAACAGUUGUUAUCAAUCAUGAAACUGAACAUCUCAGCUUCUUCCGUAAGAAGUAUUUCAGCAGGGGCUUUCGAACAUCUUCAUCAUUUAGAAGUAUUAGAUUUAUCGUGCAACCGAAAGCUUGGAUUUAUUUCAAUGGAAAAUAUAUCCUACGGACUUCAAUUAACAAAUAUCCGAAGUGUUAAUAUUUCAUAUCUCUAUAACACGUUUGGGCUUGGAACUGAACUAUUUAAGCAAGAUCUUUGUUACCUUUGGAAUACCAGUAUAGAGGAAAGAGUCCUUGCAGGCAAUAGACUAACGGUAUUCGAGACAAAUGCGUUUAUCUUGCUUCCUAAAUCGUUAACUACCAUCGAUGUGUCUGAAAAUAAAUUCACAUUCGCACCCUACUUAUUACAGACAUCAUGUGUUGUAAAUGUCCGAAGACUGUUUGCCGGAUCGCUGCAUUGCGCUUACAACCCUUCAAGAUAUGUUGCUGAAGACACUGACGAGGGAAAUCAAGCGUGUGAAGCGAGAAUGAAUUCUAGAUGUCCCUAUAUGCAAGAAACAUUUCUCAUGGAACUAGCCUCGAAUAAAUCAUGUAAUUAUAUACAUGCUUAUGGGAGGAUCAUAUCCCUUGAAACUAUUUUCCCACUACAUUUAGAGUUUUAAGAUUUUCAUGAGGGAAAUUUCAUUUACGAUUUAGAGAUCCAUUAUAAUAUCACGCCAAAUGCGAAUGCAGUUAAGUUUUUUGAUUUAUCGAACAACGUCUUUAACAUAUUUACCGGUUAUUAUGGACCAUUUCCGAACAUUGAA